UUCACAUGCUACACGAGUAAAUAGACUUACAGAAAAACAGAUCUUAUGCAUCUUAAUCUCAUCCAUUAAUAGCUAUCCUGAAAAACUUGAGUCUUACCUUGGCUUUUACUCAUUACGUAUAAAGAUGGAGCACAAUGCUUAUGUUAAGCAUGCUUUUAAAGUAAUGGUAGCCUUACCAUUAGCCAUUUUACUAAUAAGUGUGUCUAAGGCAGUUCAAUGGCAAUUAGUUUUAGCAACUCCUCAAACACUAACUUCAUCCUCUUCAUGUAAGUUUCCAGCCAUAUUCAAUUUUGGAGACUCAAACUCCGAUACUGGUGGUUGGUCCGCUUCAUUUGGCCAGGCUGGACCCCCUCAUGGCGAGACUUUCUUCCAUGCUCCUGCUGGAAGAUAUUCUGAUGGCCGGCUCAUUAUUGAUUUCAUAGCGGAACACUCGGGACUUCCGUAUCUCAAUGCGUACCUUGACUCAAUGGGAUCGAACUUCAGCCAUGGAGCCAACUUUGCGACGGCAGCGUCUACCAUUAGACACCAGAACACCACUUCAUACAGCCCUUUCUCCUUCAAUGUCCAGUUUCAUCAGUUCUAUGAUUUCCAAAAUCGCUCGGAGAUUAUCCGUAGUAAAGGAGAUGCUUUCAGAAGCUUACUACCGACGUCAGAGUCUUUCUCUCAAGCACUUUACACAUUUGAUCUUGGUCAAAAUGAUUUGACCGCUGUUUAUUUUCCUAAUAAGUCAACUGAUCAAGUUAAAGCAACAAUACCUGACAUUUUGGAUCAGUUCGAAACAUAUAUUAAGGAAAUAUAUAAGCAAGGAGGUAGAUACUUUUGGAUACACAAUACGGGCCCACUUGGAUGUCUACCGUAUGUGUUGGACGGUCUCUCACUGGAUGCUACUCAAGUGGACCAAACUGGAUGUGCAAUCCCUAUAAACGAACUGGCCCAAUACUUUAACUUUGGGCUUAAGAAAGUUGUGGUCCAUCUCAGAGAACAUAUGCCACUAGCAGCCAUCACAUACGUGGAUGUCUACUCAAUUAAGUAUAACCUUAUCAGCCAAGCCAACAAAUAUGGUUUUGAAAAUCCUCUACUAGCAUGCUGCGGACAUGGAGGAAAGAAUAACUAUGACGUGCAUAAACGUUGUGGAGCAAAGGUCAUGGAAAAUGGUAAAGAAGUUCUAGUCGGAUCCUGCAAAGAUCCAUCAGUUAGGAUCAGUUGGGAUGGAGCUCACUACACUGAGGCGGCCAACAAAUGGGUCUUCAAUCGUUUGGUGGAUGGUUCGUAUUCGGAUCCUCCAAUAUCUUUGAAAAUGGCUUGCUACAAUCAAAUAUAAUGAUGGGUAAUGCAAGUAUCGAUUAACAUGGUCCAAGUUUGAUGUGGAUGCUUACCUUUAAAUCAGAUACGGAACCUUUACAAUUUGGUUUAUGAAAUUUUGAGUUAGCUACACAUUUAUGCAUAUGAUGAAACUAAAAAUAAAUCGAAUUUUACGCAAAUUGUAAGACACAUCUCGUGAUCUAGGAGCAGUCGUAUAUAAUGCUUCUACCUAAUGCCGGAA